UAUCAUAACUUACUUUCUUUCCUUCCUUGCUAAUUCAUUCUUACUUAUAAAAAUACAAACCAUGCAUUCACCAAAAUUAAGUGUACAAAAUGCCUAGACAAUUUCACAAAACAAUUCAAGAUUACAUCUCCAAGAUCAAAAAACCAACCUCACACCUCAAAUUGCCAUCAAAAUCACUCACUUCUUCCACUAGCUGGAUUCUUAGAGGCUGCAAACACCCUAAAACUCCUUCUUUCACUAUUGAUCCUGAGAAACAAAAGUACCAUUUUAGUGAUACCGAGGAUCAAGAUCAUGAUGAUGGGUCAGCUACAUUAUCCGAUAUCGAUAAAUUUUUGAUCGAAAAUUUUAGGUCAUUGUAUGCUAAGGAGUUGGAUCAAGGUGAAGAGCAUGACCAAGAAAAUGAAGGGAGAGUCUCUUGUGACUCCCCUAAGUAUGACAAUCCACCGAGUCAUGAUCUUUGUAGCUCUCACAGGUUUUUUGUGGCCCCGGCCUCCUCGGGCUCGGUUAUCGAUGACCCUCGGACAAGCCUGGCUGUGUCCGAGGGCAUCGAGGGGCCGGGGCCCGGGAAUACGAUAUUCGAUGGUUCGACAUCGGAAUGUAGUGAAAAGAAAAAAAUGGGGGCCGAAGAUUUUAUUGCGGUUUUGCGAUAUUCUUCGAGCCCUUGUGUUGAUUUUAAGAGCUCCAUGCAAGAAAUGAUCGAGGCUAGACUACAUCAUAAUGGAAAAGUAGAUUGGGAAUUCUUGGAGGAGCUUUUGCUAUGUUACUUAAACUUGAAUGACAACAAGUCUCAUAAGUACAUUUUAAGUGCAUUUGUUGAUCUGAUUGUGCUCUUGAGGGAGAAUUCCGUCAAAGUAGAAGACAAUUCCGGGCCUUCCGGCGAAGUUCCGGCAAGAUUCCCGGAUGUCAAGAAACCUCAGGAUGACAAGAGGAAAGGAAGGGAGGUAUAG